GGAAGCUUGAUUUCAGGGAAGCUCACAUUUCCAGUCUCACUCAAAUUUACACUCCCAUUUCAUCCCAUAACGUAUGAGGGAGCCGCCCAACUCAGCUCAGCUCAGCUCAGCGUGUCUUGCUAGGAAAGUUAGCACAUCCAACUGAAACGCGCCCACAGAGCACUUAAGGUAGCAAGCUAGCUAACAAUUACUAGCUUUGCUAACAACAACCAGCUGCGGACAGGGAUUUUCCCACCACAAGUACAGUUACAGUCAUGUCCUCAUUAAGCUCCAAGUCUUCUGACGAGCUCUGUAAACUUUUGGAUGAAUAUGGGAUUAACCAUGGACCCAUUGUUGACUCUACCAGGAAGCUUUAUGAGAAGAAGCUGGCAGAGGCCAUGGCCAAAAACACCAAGUCGUCUUCUGACAAGACAUUCUACAGAGAAGAACAGGAAGAGAUCACAUAUGUUACAUAUCAUCCACCAUUGCAGGUGCGACAUGAAAACUUUGGAGAUGGAAUAAGAAGAACAAGGACCACUGAGAACGCUGGUGACGUGGAGGAUGAGCCUAUCGUCAGCUACACUCGAACAUCCUACCAGAGUGCACCCCGAUCUAGAUCAACAGCCUACACGAGCAAGUCAAGCCUGCAGGAUGAUAAUCCAGGAACAGUCAAAUCUGAGGGGAGCAAAUCUGGUGGUGUGCCAGGAUGGCUUCGUGUGUUGGUUUUCAUCAUCAUUGCAGUGUUUCUUUAUUAUGUGUAUUCAAACAUGGAGUCCGCAGACGAAAACCCUUUUAAAAAGAUUGAAUCAUAAGUAGAUAACCAUUUAUUCCAUACAAAUGAAGAUAUACCAAAAAUGCUAAUUUUUCCCCUUGAGGUGAUCUAUUCCAGUGUUCAUUACAACAUUAUAAGCACAAAUAGCUGGUUUUGAUUUGAUUAGGAACUUUAUAUAUUUACAGAUUUUAUAUUAGAUGUACUAGGCUCAUGAACAUAGUUUUACAUUAACAUGGUUAACGUGUGUUGUGCAUUUUCUUUCUUUUUUUUCUUUUUUUUGGCUUUUUAAUUCACAUGUAUUCAAAAUGAUAUGGCUGUUGUUCAUCAGACUAUUAAUAGCCAUAAUUUUAUAUUAAAAAAGAGCCUUGUUGAAUGUAAGAAAAUAAGUAACAGGCCAUUAUAAAAUAAAAUUGUGUCCAAAACA